GCCCCUGGAGACUAGCCGCAACUGGAAGCGCGUUGCUUCCCGGCGAGCCACAGGUGCUCCGCACUAUAUAUAUACAGUGCGUCUCGCUCCACCCACCUUUAAUUUACUCCCAAACCAAACGAGACCAAACGAACCAGCGCCGCACCGCACCCAUCUCACCAAACAAGCAGCCAGCCAGACAGCAAGCGGGCGCCGGAGCGCCGAUGCCGACGCCGUACAGCGCGGCGGCGCUGCAGCAGCACCACCGGCUGGUAUCCUCCUCCGGCGGCCUAGGUUCCGCGGCGGGGGCGGCGGCGGGGGCGCACAGGUGCGGCGAGCACGACGGGACGGUGCCGCCGGAGGUGGCGCGGCACCACGAGCACGCGGCGCCGGGGGGCCGGUGCUGCUGCUCGGCGGUGGUGCAGCGCGUGGCGGCGCCGGCGGCGGACGUGUGGGCCGUGGUCCGGCGCUUCGACCAGCCGCAGGCGUACAAGAGCUUCGUGCGCAGCUGCGCGCUGCUGGACGGGGACGGCGGCGUGGGCACGCUCCGCGAGGUGCGCGUGGUGUCGGGCCUCCCCGCGGCGUCGAGCCGCGAGCGGCUCGAGAUCCUGGACGACGAGCGGCACGUGCUGAGCUUCAGCGUGGUCGGCGGCGAGCACCGCCUCCGCAACUACCGGUCCGUGACCACCGUGCACCCGGCUCCGGGGGAGGGCGCGUCGCCGUCGCCGUCGACGCUGGUGGUGGAGUCGUACGUGGUGGACGUGCCCCCCGGCAACACCCCCGAGGACACCCGCGUGUUCGUGGACACCAUCGUCAAGUGCAACCUCCAGUCCCUCGCCCGCACCGCCGAGAAGCUCGCCGGCCGGGGAGCCGCCUACGGCGCGCCGCCGUGAUCGAUCGGAUUCGGCAGCCCGUGCCCCCCCUCCGGUCAACUCUCGGCCCGCAGGGGCGUUUCGGUAAAACCGCGCUCCGAUUCCGAUCAUUAAUCAAAUCCGUGGUGGUGGAGGCGAUGGAUUAUUUUUCUCUUCUUCUUCUUGCUUUCCUUCUGGCGUGAAGGCGAGGGGUCGGUUCGGUCGGCGCGGUUUCUCGCCCGGCCCCUCGCUGUUUCUCCUUAUCGCGAGGCGCUCCUAGCUCUAGUCUGGUAGUCUUGGGUUGGUUCCCCUUUGUUUGUUCUUGGUACUAGUAGUAAGAGUUAAGAUAAGAUUGAAAGGAAUUGGAGGAGUAAAAAAUAGCUUGGGCCGA